AUAUUCAUGAAAGCAACUAAUGUUGGUAUUGAAGCGAUUGAAAUCUACUUCCCUAAGACCUAUGUUAAUCAAGCAGAAUUAGGUACUAAAAAAUAUAUAGUUUUCAGAAUUAUUUGAUAAUGUUUCGCAGGGUAAGUAUACCGUAGGAUUGGGAUAAGUGAAUAUGGCCUUUGUAAGACCUUUUGAAGAUGUAAACACCAUGGCAUUGACAGGUAUGUAGAGAUCUCUAUGUUAGUUGUCACUAAUCUAUUAGAGAAAUAUUAAAUUAAUCCUGCAUUAAUAGGUAGAUUGGAAGUGGGCACAGAGUCAUUAUUAGAUAAAUCUAAAUCAACUAAGACAACCCUUAUGAGAUUGUUUGGUGAAAAUACAAAUAUUGAAGGAGUGACUUCAAUAAAUGCAUGUUAUGGAGGAACCAAUGCUUUAUUUAAUACUAUUAAUUGGAUGUAGAGUGAGGCUUGGGAUGGUAGAUUAGGCCUUGUUGUUUGUACUGAUAUAGCAGUUUAUGCUAAAGGAUCAGCACGUACUACUGGAGGAGCAGGAGCAGUGGCAAUGUUAAUCGCUCCGAAUGCAACUUUUACACUAGAACCAAUUAGAACUACUUAUAUGAAAGAUAAUUACGAUUUUUAUAAGCCAAACUUUCACAGCGAGUAUCCCACUGUCGAUGGCCAGUUGUCAAUAUAAAGUUAUUUAUCAUCUAUAGACAAUUGUAUUCAAUCCUAUUUUAGGAAAAACAACAAUGUGAAUGCUGAUUUUUAUUGUUUUCACAGUCCUUUUCAUAAGAUGGUUUAGAAGUCCUUCUUAAGAGUCAAGUUGAAUGAAUCAUUUGUCUAAAAAGUUGAGACUGGAUUCACAUUCUAAAAUUUCAAUGAAAAAUAAUCACAAAUGCUUAAAUUCUAUUAGAAUGAUUGGUUGAAUAAGGCUCUACCAUCUUGUCUUUUGUCAAGAGAAUUAGGUAAUAUCUAUACAGGAGCUCUAUAUGCAGGAUUAGUAAGUUUGAUUUAAACCUAAGAUGACUUAAUAAAUAAAAGAAUAAUGAUGUUCUCAUAUGGAUCAGGCUGUGCAGCUUCACUCUUUUUUUUGAGAUGCAACAAAUCAACAGGAGUAUUGAAACAAAAGUUGAAAUUGCAAGAAAGACUCCAAUAAAGAAUCAGAAUACCCUGUAUUGAAUAUGAUCACAUCAUGUAACAACGAGAAAUAAAUUACAAUAAGAAUAACCAAUAAUAUUAACCAAAAUAGGUUGACUUAUAUCCAGGGACCUUUUAUUUGAAAUCUAUAGAUGACAAGUAUAGAAGAGAAUAUCUUGUUCAUAAACAAUUUGAGUUAAACUAAACUUCAGAUAUGAUAGUGGUUGAUAAUUCUAAACCCAUCAAUAAGAUUCAGUAAAUUCGAGAUUAAAUGACUAAUAAUAAUAGCAUUACGGAUUAAAGUACUUAACAAUCUUAAAAGUAAUAUAAUUAAUUAUGGACUGGAUUUUAUAAGAAAACAAUUUAAUAACGAUUGGAUUAAUUAGAAAAAACUAUGAAUGUAAAUGUUGAACCUUUUAAGGAUGGAGGAUUGUCAUUAUAGAAUGCAAACUUAAUGGUUGAAAAUUGUAUUGGAAAGAUUUCCUAUCCUCUUGGUUUGGGAUUAAAUUUCAUGAUUAAUGGUCAAUGCUAUUCUGUACCUAUGGCAAUAGAAGAGCCUUCUGUAAUUGCAGCAGCAAGUGCAGCAGCUAAAACUAUUAGCGAAGCAGGUACUGGUUUCUAAACAUACUCAAGUCGUCCUGUAAUGAUGGGCUAAAUCUAAUUGUUAGAUAUUUAGAACUUUUCAAAAGUUGAAUGUUUAAUAGAUUCAAAUAGACAGACCAUAAUAAAUAGAGGGAAUUAAGCAUGUCAAAGUAUGGUGAAAAGAGGAGGAGGACUUGAAGAUGUGAAAUGUCGAAAUUUAGGUAGAGGACAAGGUAGUGUGGAUAUAUUUGUUAAUGUAUGUGAUAGUAUGGGGGCCAAUUUGGUUAACACAAUUCUGGAGUUUGUUGCUCCUUUGAUAGCUGAGAUUACUGGAACCAGAGUUGGAAUCAAAAUCUUGACUAAUCUAUGCACGAAUAGAAAGGUAACAUGUCAGUUCUGUUUGGAUAUAGAUAAGAUGAAUUAUAAAUAGUUGACUGGCAAAGAAGUUGCUAAAUUAAUGAUGGAGGCAUAUCAAUUUGCAGAACUCGAUAUUUAUAGGGCAGUAACACAUAAUAAAGGGAUUAUUAAUGGGAUUGAGGCUGUGUGCAAUGCUGCUGGACAAGAUGCAAGGGCAGUUAAUGCAUCUUUACAUGGUUAUGCAUCAAUUAAUGGAUAAUACAAGCCACUUUCAUCCUAUAAAAUAGUUGACAAUAAAUUUAUAGGUGAAUUAACAGUUCCUAUAAGUGUUGGAACCUAAGGAGGAGUGCUACCUCAAAAUCCAUUAUAUUCAUAGAUUUUGUCUAUAUUGGAUUAUCCUGACUCUCAGAAGUUGGCUGAAAUCAUCGUUUCCGUGGGUUUAGCUUCCAAUUUUGCAGCAUUAAGAGCAUUGGCUGUUGAAGGUAUUUAAAAGGGACAUAUGACGUUGCAUGCUAGAAAUAUUGCAAUAGCAAGUGGGAUACCAGAACAUCUGGUUGAUGAAGCAGUUCUGUUUAUGAAAAAUAGAAAUAGUUUUAAUAAGUAAACAGCUUUAGAAUUUCUAAAGGCUUACAAUAUAUUUUAUGAGAUUGGAAAGGCUAAAGGAAAGCAAAUGAAAGCCUUCUGCACUUUUUCAGGGUCUUUUGAUUUAAUUGACACAUAAGAAAAAGUAGAUUUACAUGUAGUCUUUGAAUGCGAUUAAAAUAAGAUCAAUUUAAAUUAUGCUGAUGACUCUCCAAUUAAUAGACAAAUAUUCGGAUUGAAAGGUCAAGAAUGGCUGAAGAAUUUGUUUUCAGUGUUGAACACAGUCAAGAUUAAUAGAGAGGCUGAAUUAUAUAAGUCCAAUAAUUUGACAUCAAAAUUAAAGCUUUUAGCCAUAUUGAUCAAUUUACUGUCCUUCAAUAUGUUAAGUCUUGAUUUUGAUAGAUCUAAGAAUUUCAUUUUGAAUUAGAAACCAUGUUUGGGUGGAGCAGUGUCUCUGAAAUAUGGAUUGUCGUUAAUGAAUGAAUUAAUACACAUCUUCGAAUACAAUAUCGAUCAGUUUAUUGGAUUCCCUGAAUUAAGAUAAGCAUUGAUGGCUGAAUUGAAUAACAUCAUUUUGGCGCAUAUCAAAUCAUUUGAGUUAUUGUAAUAAGCAAAACAAGGUUAAUUCAGUUGUGAUGAAUUCUUAUGCACUAGAUAAAAACGAUUGUCUUGUACAAUGAUGCUACUAUGUGAUUGUAUUUCUUUGAAGAAUUUCAGUCCGUCGAUAAUUGAAGAGAUCAAAUUACUUGGAAGAGUCAUUGAGAUUUAGAUGACUUUGACAAGAGACACCUAAAAGUGGAACAAGUAAGGUAUUAUUGCUAUAAUAGAUCAACUCUAUCCGAACCUAAUGUGUAUACUUACUGGCUGAUUGCUAACUAGAAACUGAUACUCGGGGAGAAUAGGGAGAUCUUGGCUUCAUUUUAUAAUGAGCACAACAAACUGCUAUUGUCUCUGAUCUAAGAAUUGGAACAGAAGAUAACUCCGUAAUUAAGUCAUCUCAAGGAUUAAGCCAUGAAUGCUAUUCAACUAUUUUAUAAACCGAGAUUGUGAUAAUUAUAU